CCCACGCUGCUCCCAGCAGUCCGCGCGCUGCGUCGCUCUUCUUCCGCUUGCCCCUUCCGUCAAAGCUGAGCGGGGCGGUCCGGCGGCCAUUUUGUUCCUUGGACCGUGGGUGGUUGGAGUCGGGAGGCAGCCGGCGGGAUUCGCGGAGCCACCGCAGCGCUGGGCGCUUUUUAAGGUAUUUUUAUUGGUUCCAGGGGGCCGCUGCUUGGCCUUUUUUAACCCGCCAUGUCCGGAGAGGGAGCCGCUGGCGACCAGGCUGCUGAAUAUGUCCCAGAAAAAGUGAAGAAGGCUGAAAAGAAAUUAGAAGAGAAUCCAUAUGACCUUGACGCUUGGAGCAUUCUCAUUCGAGAGGCACAGAAUCAACCUAUAGACAAAGCACGGAAGACCUAUGAACGUCUUGUUGCCCAGUUCCCCAGUUCUGGCAGAUUCUGGAAACUGUACAUUGAAGCAGAGAUUAAAGCAAAAAAUUACGACAAAGUAGAAAAGUUGUUUCAGAGAUGCCUUAUGAAGGUGCUACACAUUGAUUUAUGGAAGUGUUACCUUUCAUAUGUACGUGAAACCAAGGGAAAGUUACCCAGUUACAAAGAAAAAAUGGCUCAGGCAUAUGACUUUGCUCUGGAUAAAAUUGGCAUGGAAAUCAUGUCAUACCAGAUCUGGGUGGAUUACAUAAAUUUUUUGAAAGGCGUAGAGGCAGUUGGAUCUUAUGCAGAAAACCAAAGGAUAACAGCAGUUCGUAGGGUUUAUCAGCGAGGUUGUGUGAAUCCAAUGAUCAACAUUGAACAACUUUGGAGGGAUUAUAACAAAUAUGAAGAGGGAAUCAAUAUUCACUUAGCUAAAAAAAUGAUUGAAGAUCGGAGUAGAGAUUAUAUGAACGCUAGACGUGUGGCCAAGGAAUAUGAGACUGUUAUGAAAGGUCUGGAUCGCAAUGCUCCCUCCGUACCACCCCAGAAUACUCCCCAAGAAGCUCAACAGGUAGACAUGUGGAAGAAAUAUAUCCAGUGGGAAAAGAGUAAUCCACUGCGCACAGAAGACCAAACUCUCAUAACAAAAAGAGUUAUGUUUGCUUAUGAGCAGUGCCUGUUGGUCCUGGGGCAUCAUCCAGAUAUCUGGUACGAAGCUGCACAGUAUCUUGAACAAUCCAGUAAGCUGCUAGCCGAGAAAGGGGACAUGAACAAUGCUAAACUGUUCAGUGAUGAGGCUGCUAAUAUUUAUGAAAGAGCGAUCAGCACUUUACUAAAGAAGAACAUGCUUCUGUACUUUGCAUAUGCUGACUACGAAGAGAGUCGAAUGAAGUAUGAGAAGGUGCACAGUAUAUACAAUCGUCUCUUGACUAUUGAAGAUAUCGAUCCCACUUUGGUAUAUAUACAGUAUAUGAAAUUUGCAAGGCGGGCGGAAGGCAUCAAAUCUGGAAGAAUGAUAUUUAAGAAAGCGAGAGAGGAUGCCCGGACCCGCCAUCAUGUGUAUGUUACGGCUGCUUUGAUGGAGUAUUACUGUAGUAAGGACAAAUCAGUGGCCUUCAAAAUUUUUGAGUUGGGGCUAAAGAAAUAUGGAGACAUUCCAGAAUAUGUACUGGCAUACAUUGACUAUCUGUCUCACCUUAAUGAGGACAAUAAUACAAGAGUUUUGUUUGAGCGUGUUUUAACCUCUGGAAGCCUCCCACCUGAGAAAUCUGGAGAAAUCUGGGCCCGUUUUUUAGCUUUUGAAAGUAAUAUUGGUGAUCUAGCUAGUAUACUGAAAGUGGAAAAACGGAGGUUUACAGCCUUCAAAGAAGAAUAUGAGGGUAAAGAGACAGCUCUGCUGGUAGAUAGGUACAAGUUCAUGGAUUUGUACCCUUGCUCUGCAAGUGAACUUAAAGCUCUUGGUUACAAGGAUGUCUCACGUGCCAAAUUAGCCACCAUAAUUCCAGACCCCGUGGUGGCGCCUUCUAUAGUGCCUGUUCUAAAAGAUGAAGUGGACAGAAAACCUGAAUACCCCAAACCAGACACACAGCAGAUGAUUCCAUUUCAGCCAAGACAUUUAGCACCUCCAGGUUUGCAUCCUGUGCCAGGUGGUGUAUUUCCAGUCCCACCAGCUGCUGUAGUGUUAAUGAAGCUCCUCCCACCUCCUAUUUGCUUUCAGGGCCCUUUUGUACAAGUGGAUGAACUCAUGGAGAUUUUUCGAAGAUGCAAACUGCCAGAAACUGUUGAUGAAGCUGUAAGAUUAAUUACUGGAGGCCUACCUGAACUAACUAUGGAAGGCAAUGGACCCGUGGAAAAUAAUACCCUGUUCAAUAAAGCUGUCAAGAGACCAAAUGAAGAUUCUGACGAUGAAGAGGAGAAGGGAUCAGUAGUUCCUCCUGUACAUGACAUAUACAGAGCACGGCAACAAAAGAGAAUCCGAUGAAACAGAUUCCAAAUCUGACUGUAAAAGACUUGUAAGAAGAGGUUUUUUGGCCUCUUAUGUCAAAUGUUUUAAAAGGGACAACAGUUUCUCUCAAACAUCUUGGAAAUGAGGUUUUGUUACUGUGGUGCCUCUUUAUACUGUAUGUUUUUUGAUUAGCAGAGACACAUGAGUCUUAGAAAGUGGGCUAAACAAAAUUAGGUUUUCAAAAACAAUAGCACAAAAUGUUUGAAUUGCAUUUUGUUCCUCUUCAAGUGUAUUCACAUCAAUCACUUGAAGUCUUGUGGGCUUUCAACAGUUUUAUUUUAAAAACUGAGUGGCUUAUAAUUGUAAAGCAUUUUUAAUUCACAUUUCCUGGAAAACAGUUGUUCUAAAUUUGCUCAUGUAGUGUCCUGCCUUAUUGUUUGUUUUUAUUUAUGGCAGACUGUAUGGAAUCUGUUUUGUAGUUUAAAAUGGAAAAAAACCCCAUUCCAUUAAAAUAAAAAAAGACAACUACU